AUGGUCCGCGCGGGCUUCGACUGGAUGCUCAUCAACAUCGAGCACUCCCCCCUCUCGGCUCGCGAUGCGACAACCAUGGUCCACGCCAUCGCCGUCGGCUCCUACGUGAGAUGCGCCUCGCUCGUCCGCAUCCCUUCAACAGGUGCCGAGUGGGUCAAGUGGGCGCUAGACUCCGGUGCCGCGGGAAUCGUGGCCCCCAUGGUGCAGACCGCGGAGGAGGCGGAGCGUCUCGUCCGGUUCACUCGCUACCCGCCACUGGGGCAGCGCAGCUUUGGCCCUUUCAAUGCGGCCUGCGCUACGGUGGACAACGAGAACACCGUCAUUGGUUUUCUGUUCGUGGGUUGCUUCUUCGUCGGUUGCGUCGAGGGUAUCGGCAUCACAAUUCCAGCCUCUUCUCAACGAUCAGGCUGA